AUGCGACACAUCCGUCUCGUGCUCGCAGUGCUCUGCAGCCUGCUGGCGUUGCAGGUGCUGGGUAAGAAAGAUAAGCCUGACAUCGAGGACCACACUUUCGAGAACCAACCCUCCAACAUUCUGUACUUCGAGGACAGCGACGUAAUAAUUACCACGAUCGAACACACCGGGACUGCAUGGCGGUCCGACGAUGGCGGAUUCGAAUGGGAGAAGCUGGACGAUGUGGAAGAGGGCGAGGUCUUCGAGAUGCUCAAGCAUCCAUACGACAAAAAGACUGCAGUCAUUCUGGGGUCGAAGAGAACACACUGGAUCACACAUGAUCGAGGCGAGUCAUGGAAGGAGUUCACAGCGAAAGAGAGUCCCUCCAUGGCACGCCCAGGCAUUGCUUUCCACGCAUCCGACCCGAAGCGAAUGCUGUUCCACGCCGAGACCUGCAAGAACAUUUUCUUCUGCGAGUCCUCAGUCUACUACACCACCGACGGCUUCGAGAGCAAACCCGAGCGUCUGGAUGAAGAUGUGGUUUCUUGCAUCUGGGCCAAGAGCAGCGAUAUCUUCACCACUGGUGAUGAGGAUCUCGACAAGGACCGUAUAUUGUGCAUAGCCAAGGGACAGUUCUCGGGUCUGUCAGCGAAUAACAGGAUCAUAUACUCGGACGACUUCUUCAAGUCCCACACGACUGAAGUCACCGUGAGCGAUGGCAGGACAGUGGAGGGGAUCACCAACAUCGCAGGGGUCAAGAAGUACAUUGUCUUUGCUGCCAAAGGCGACAAGACGACUGAAAUGGCCAUGUAUGUCACCGACGACACCAAGGCCUGGCACCGCGCCGAGUUUGGAGAGCACAAGUUGGAAGAGAAUGCCUACACGCUGCUUGAGAGCACGAAUUACAGCAUGCAAGUUGACAUCAUGACAACUUCAUCGACGAGUGCUAUGGGUGUCCUCCUCACGUCGAACAGCAAUGGCACAUUCUUCACGAAGAACAUCGAGCAUACCAAUCGCAACAUGCGAGGAUUUGUUGACUUUGAAAAGGUUUCCAACAUUCAGGGCAUUGUACUGGUCAAUACCGUGGACAACUGGGAGGAAGUCGAGCGGAAGUGGAUGGCUGAUAAGAAGGUGAAAUCCUCGAUCUCUUUUGACGAUGGGAGGACUUGGGAACCUUUGAAAGUGGGCAAGAAGGAUCUUCACCUGCACUCUGUCACCAAGCAGCGCAAUCUGGGGCGGAUUUUCAGUAGUCCAGCGCCUGGACUGGUCAUGGGGGUUGGAAACACCGGUGACUACCUCAAAGGCUACGACGAGGGCGACCUUUAUGUCUCAGACGACGCCGGGCUGACAUGGAAGUUGGCUUUGGAAAAGCCGCACAUCUACGAGUUUGGCGCACAGGGGUCAAUCCUCGUAGCGAUCGAAGACGGAGAAACGGACAUCAUACAGUGGUCGCUCAAUCACGGCAAGGACUGGGAGAAGGUAAAGCUCGAGGACAAGAUCAAGCCAAUGGCGCUCACAACGACGCCUGACUCGACAUCGCUGAAGUUCCUACUGGUGGCUACUCAGGGCGGCGGCGGAAGGACGAAGCACAAGACUUUCGCCUUGGAUUUCGAGGGUUUGCAUGAACGAGAGUGCAAAAAGGGAGACUUCGAAAAGUGGCCAGCCAGAGUUGAUGACAAGGGCGACGCAACUUGUAUCAUGGGCCACAAGCAAUACUUUCAGCGAAGGAAAGCCGAUGCUGAUUGCUUGGUUGUGUCUGACGAUUUCGAGGACCCGGAAGAGGACAGAGAGACGUGCAAGUGCACCAAACAGGAUUUCGAGUGCGAUUACAACUUCAAACUUGAAGAUGGCAAGUGUGUCAAGAACGGCCCGGUUGUGCCUCCUGAAGGUGCUUGCAAAGGCAGCGAAAAGACUUACCAAGGCACAUCCGGAUACCGACUGAUCCCAGGAAACGAUUGCGAAGGUGGCGAGGACCUCGCCAAGGAAGUCGAGCGCGAGUGCAGUGAUACCAAGGAAGAUCCUGUUAGUGGCGAGAUUUCCAAGGAGGUCACGAAAUUCCCCGGCGACAAGUUCGUGGAGUACUACUACAUGGAAAGAACUCACACCAAUACGGGCGACGACGAGACGAUUAUUCUGCGCACUGACAGACGAGAGAUCUGGAAGACACAUGACCACGGUAAAACGUGGGCGCAGCCUAAAGAGCUGAACGACGAGGAAAUCCUGGCGAUCUAUCCACACCAAUACAUCAAUGAAAGGGUAUACCUGGUUACGCCAAGCAAUAAGGUCUUCUAUUCCACGAAUGGUGCCAAAAACUUCCACGACUUCAGUGCUAAAUCUAAGCCCAACCAGAAAGGCAAUCAGGUCUUGUCUUUUCACCCAUCCCAACCGGACUGGCUCUUGUGGACCGGCGCGGCAGGUGACCAGGCCGUGGCAGAGACAUCUCAAAACAACGGGCUCGAUUGGGAACCGUUGCUCCGCGCUGUCCGCAAAUGCCAAUUCGUGUACGUUGAAGAGCAAGGCCGAUCAGACCAGUUGACAUACUGCGAGCAGUAUGAGAAUGAAGACGAAGAGAAAUCGCUCGUACUGCUAAGCAGUGAGGACCUGUUCAAGCACAAGAAGGAGCUGAAGCGCGAUGUCAUCAACUUCGCGACAAUGGAAGAGUACAUUGUGGUUGCUGUGCGAGACGACGAUCAGGAGACCCUCAAAGUCGACACCAGUAUCGAUGGUGUGAACUUUGCAGAUGCGCAAUUCCCGGCCAACUUCCAUGUCCCUCACCAACAGGCCUACACAGUUCUGGACUCUAGUACGCAUGCCGUCUUCCUGCAUGUCACUGUAAACAACGCACAGGACCAGGAGUACGGGAGCAUUGUCAAGAGCAACAGUAAUGGAACCUCAUAUGUUCUCUCACAGGCGCACGUCAAUCGAAACCCGGCAGGCUACGUCGACUUCGAAAAGAUGCAGGGAUUGGAAGGCGUGGCCAUCAUCAAUGUUGUUUCUAACGUCAAGGAGACGGACAGCGGCAGUACGAAGAAACUGCAAACGAAGAUCACUCAUAACGAUGGUGCAGACUGGGCCCUGCUCCAAUCUGUGGAGUCGGCGAAAGAUACUAACUUCAAGUAUGAGUGCACUCCCAAACCAGGUAGCGACUGUGGGUUGCACCUACAUGGGUAUACCGAACGAAAAGACCCGCGGGACACGUUCAGUUCUCCGAGUGCUGUCGGGAUAAUGAUCGCCACUGGCAACGUCGGCGAAUAUCUUGGUCACAAACAAGAUGCCAACACAUUCAUCACGAGGGAUGGCGGAGUCACUUGGCUUUUCGCGGCGGAAGGCAACUGGAUGUGGGAAUAUGGCGACCAGGGGUCCAUCAUCGUCAUCGUCAAGGAGGACGAGCCCACAGAUUUCGUGCGAUACACGCUCGACGAGGGCCGCACUUGGAAAGAGUACAAGUUCGGUGAGACGAUGAACGUGGACGACAUCACCACAGUGCCGAGCGACACCAGUCGGAACGUCUUGCUCUGGGGCAAGAUCGGUGGUAAGAUCGCGACAAUCAAUCUUGACUUCAGCGGCCUCGAAGAGAGGAGCAAGCAGUGCAAGCUAGACGAGGACCACCCGGAUACCGAAGACUCUGAUUACUACUUCUGGACCCCGAAACACCCACUCUCGGACGACGACUGCCUCUUUGGACACGUGGCUCAGUACCAUCGCAAGAAAUGGGAAAACGCUUGCUACAAUGGUCGGGCGAUCCAGCACCUGCAUAGCAUUGCCAAAAACUGCACGUGCACACGGGCGGACUUUGAAUGUGACUACAACUAUGAACGCCGAUCGGACCAAUCCUGCGAUUUGAUCACAGGCCUCGAGAAGCCAGAUCCAUUGGAAGUGUGCAAAGCUAAUCCGGGCUUGACUGAGUACUACGACAUCACCGGUUACCGACGAAUUCCUUUGACGACGUGUCAAGGUGGAGUCGAGCUCGACCUCUCGUCGGCGACGCACCCUUGCCCCGGACACGAGACGGAUUACAACGAAAAACAUCCUGGCAUAGGAGGCAUCGGACUGUUCUUUGCCAUUGUACUGCCUAUUGCGGCAGCAGCAGGAGUCGGAUAUUGGGUGUGGAAGAAUUGGGAUGGCAAGUUCGGCCGAAUUCGGCUGGGCGAUGGCCUAGGCGGAGGAUAUGGCGGAGCAUUCGACAGCGACGCACCGUGGGUCAAGUACCCCGUCAUGCUGGUGUCCGGGCUCGUCGCCGUCCUCGCCGCCGUGCCGAUGGUCAUUGGCAGCCUGUGGAGGAUGGUGUCGACGAGGUUUGGCAGGGGCGGAGGAUACCAGAGACCGUACACGACGAGGAGUAGCUUCCAGCGAGGAAGAGGGGACUAUGCUGUUGUUGAUGCGGAUGAGGGCGAGCUGCUUGGGGAAGACAGCGACGAGGACGUCUAG